CUGGCAGCGAUACAUUACACAUACCUCUGUUUCACUCAUCUUUUUCAAUGAAGAUAACGGGAGAACAAACAUUCACAGACGAUUUAAAGCGAGGUUAACCCAUGAGACUCUCGGAGCCCAAGCAUGAACCAGGGGAGUGGUGCUUGUUUGUGGACUCCAGUGCCUCAGCAAUGCCCUGCACCAUGUGAUCGUUACAAGCAUGCUUCUUGUGCCCACAGAGGACAUGUUUACUUGCUAGGUGGCAGAGAAAAAUGCUCACUCAGAGAUUUCUGGAAAUACAAUGUGGUUUGUAACGACUGGGUUGAGCUUCCCUGUGAUAGCGAUGAAGCACCUGAAGAAGUGGAAGAGCACACUAUGGUAGCACACCAGGGAUUUUUAUAUGUGUUUGGAGGAUUGAGAGAUUCAUCGUAUUCUAACUCAAAAACACCUCUUUGGGUAUUUGAUACAGGUAAAGAGUGCUGGAUUAACUGGAAAGCUGACAGUGUGGCCUUACAGGGAGUGACACCAGGGAACAGAAAAGGUCACAGUGCUGUCAUCUUGGGGUCAUCGAUGUACAUCUAUGGUGGAUAUAUUGAUAUAAAAGGAUCAACAAAGGAAUUCUGGAAAUUUGAUUUUGAAUCCAGGGUGUGGUCUCAGCGAAGCAGCGCACAAGUUGGGCCUGGUCCCAGACACAGUCACUCAGCUGUGACACACGGGGAAUGGAUGUACCUCUAUGGUGGCCUGCAGGGCUUGAGAGAACAGAAGGACCUGUGGAGCUGGAGUUCUGCCAGUCAAACUUGGAGCUGCAUCAAAUUCCACAGUUCAGGUCCGUCCAGGCUGGUUGGUCACUCAGCUGUAUUGUUUAAGGACAGCAUACUGAUAUUUGGAGGAGGUGAAACCCAGAGUUCCCCUCAGAACAGUUUGUGGAAGUUCAAUCUGGAAACCCAGACUUGGAAGAAGCUGCCAUUGCUGCCUGGAUCUGCCUCUGUGUACCGGAUCCAUCACUGCAGCGUUGGCUUAGGCCAAAGUUUCCAGCCAACAACACCAACUAGCAUCUAUUACAGGGAAAUACCCAACUCUCACAACAUCAAGAACAAGCUAAGACCCUUCAAGAACAAGUGCCAACCAUCCCGGACCACUUUACAGGAGCCCUGCUUUGAGCUCCAGACUUUUCACAAGGAGAGUAAGAAGUAUUUAGCAGAUAUUAGCAUCGCACUGAAAGACUCUAAACUAAAAGGCAGCUGUCUCACCUUUGAGAAUCAGGAGGCUGUUGGCGAGAAGAGGAAAAGCUGUGAGCUGACAGAGGAAAGCGAGGAUGAGAUGUUCCUCCACAUGCCGGACUUGAUGUUGGUUCUGGGUGGCAAACCUCUGCAGGGACAGCAGGGGAUUUCAGUGUGGCACAUGACCGUGGCGUAAAUUACUAUGUUCUUUCUCUUUCUCUGUGAGAAAUAAAAGCAACAGUAGGUCAAUCCUGUGGGGAAAUUCAGAAUUUCAUGAAUUCAUUUACAUACUGUAAAGGUGAAAUUUGUUAUGUCAUGUCCAGGAUUUCUGCAAGUUUCAUCAAUUUUUAAUUUGAAGGGGGCCUAUUAUGCAAAAAACACUUUUAUAAGCGGUUUAAACACGGUUGUGUUGCAAGAAUCUGUGAAUAUAUCCAGCUUGUAGUGGUAAAAAUGUAUUAAUUAUAUUUUUUAUAAUCACAAUUCAUAAAACUCUGCAGAAACACUUUGAUUGACAUUCUCCCCCGUCCACUAGUGAUGAUCUCUCCCUUAUUAGCGUAGGCUGUUAGUCUACUAUACUUUAUUAAUACUUCAUUACCUGCGACUCCUUUGUGUGUCCACAUGUGCUUGGUUGUAUACUAUAUCAAUGAACUGUUUAGACUUUUAAAAACAGUGCUGUAACACAUUAAGCCCCUAAGCAUUGUUCUUAUGACGUUUUUUCUAUAGGAGGAAAACGCAAAUUACUUCCAAAUACUUCAGAUAUAGUCUGUGUUAGUUAAUGCAAGGCCUUUGAUGAAAUCCAGGCAUAACACUGUAUAACAACAUUUCAGAUGACUGUUCUAGAGCCUACAGUUUAUCAAUCUGUCAGAUUCUGAAGUGCAUUACAUGACUAAAGAAAAACAUAAAUGAUCUUAAAUAAAACAAAGACAAUACAUUUAAAAAUAUAGUAUAUAUAAGUAUAUAAUUUCACUCAGCUGGGAAAUGGAGGCAACUUGAAUGGUUUGUGAGCAUGAUUAAGUGCACACAGCAUGCCAAUUUAUCUGAUAAUUGUAGGAAAUAAUCCCAAAAGAUUGUCAUGAAGUGUAAUAUUAGCUAAUACUUCCGUAUCAGCUUCACGAGGGAGAGCGAGAUGUUGCCACUUGGGUGAUACGCAGGCAUUUGUAGCUCCGCCCUCUUUUAAAAAAAGAGAACAAUCUCAUUUGAAUUUAAAGCAACAGUCACCAAAACGGCACAAUUAGGAUCAAAGCUUUAAAGUGGCAGUUAUAAAGAGUUUAUGUGUGGGGUAUUUUGAGCUGGAACUUUACAUACACACUCUAGGGACAUCAGAGACUUAUUUUACAUCUUGUAAAUAGGGGCAUAAUAGGUCCCCUUUAAGACUUUUAGGACCAUUAUAAAUGAAAUUUCAGAUUUAUACAGAGCUUAACACUGAUGAUUUUUUUUUUAUGGCCAAUGUAAUGUAAUGUGUAUUUAUAUAGCUCAUUUAUUGUGUAUGGCCAUACACCCAAAGCGCUUCACAAUCAUGAGGGGUGGAGAGACAGUGAUAGAGCAAAUUCGGUGGAUAGGGAUCAUUAGGAGGCCAUGAUGGGUAAGGGCCAAUGGAGGGAGUUUGGCCAGCACACCGGGGUUACACCCCUGCUUUUUACGAGAAGUGCCAUUGGAUUUUUAAUGACCACAGAGAGUCAGGAUCACAGUUUAAUGUCUCAUCUGAAAGACGGCACUCACUGACAGUAUAGUGUCCCCUUUACUUUACUGGGGCAUUAGGACUCACACAGACCACGGGUUGAGCGCCCUCUGCUGGCCUCACUAACACCACUUCCAACAGCAACCUAGUUUUCUCCUGUGGUCUCCCAUCCAGGUACUGACCAGGCUUAGCCCUGCUUAGCUUAUGGAAAUAGAAAUAGCAAUGAAAAAUAUUUCUCUCAUCAAAAAAAAUAAAUAAAUAUACACAAUUUAGUUAUUUUCUAGCCACUAAUUUUAAAUAAUGUGUCAAUAAUCCUAUAUGUAUCAUAUACUUUAAGUUCUACUUUUUUUUUUAACAUGUUUUUCUGAGUUUUUUUUAUUUGGCGAGCUUUAAAAACUAUAAUAAACUAAAUCCUUGUCCAAGUCAGUGUCCUCAACAAAUAUGGUCUACAAAUACACAGAGAACUUUUAAACAAAUGUUACUGUAAAGAAGAUAAUCAAACCAUAUUGGAAAAUUAAGUUAUAAAUAAAGCUUUGUAAAGAGAUUUAUUGAGAUGGAUUGUUGAUGAUUAGAUUGGUAUUUGUCCAGUUGUGUAGCUUUACAUGGACAAAUGAAAAUUAAAACCUGUUUAAAAUAGUUUAAGACCUACAACACAAUAUUUCAGUGAAUUUAAGACUUUUUUAAGCCCUAAAAUGUAGUUUUUGAAAUGUAAGACUUUUUAAGACCCCACAGACACCCUGAUUUGUAUUUUAUACAGCAUUUGUGAUUUGUUUUAUAUGUAUCAGACUUUUAUUAUGUUAUGUACCAGUCAAAACUGAUCAUUUGAAUUUUAUUAUAUGACUGAAAUCAACCCAAACAUUGUUCCAUUUUGUCAUUUGCUGUGCUGUCACUGCUUUUAUUAAAUGCUUGUUACUGGUAGAACAGUAGCACCAUGCACACUUUGAACAUUAUGUUUUUUUGUCUUCACAUUGGUUCAUGAUGGCUGCACUCAAAGUAUGCUUUAAUAAGUGAUGAAUUACAUGAUAAAUGCGUAAUCCAUUUGCAACAAUUAAAAAUGUGUUCUAGUGCUAAUUUGACUUAAAACCCACAUUGAUAUUACCAAUGUUAAAACCAACAUUGCACAGUUAUAUAUAUUAUUUUUAUUAAAGGGGUGGUCCAGAAUGAAAUUUUAAGGUUUGCUUGUGUUUAUAAGAUGCAAAGCAAUGUGUACUCAUGUUUCACUUGAAGGAAAUCAUGUUAUUUUUUAAUAAAUCCUACUUUGAUUAUAUACAGGUACUCAGCUAACAUGAAAACGACUGUCAUAUUUCCUAGUUCCUCUGAGAACGCCCACCCUCAAGUGACACUGAUUGGUCAUCUGUCAUAAUGUGCUGUGAUUCGCGGAUCAGCCCCACGUCAUGCGCGUGCUUGUGUAAACAGUCAGUCAACCUCAUGCCUGCUCUCUAAAAUAAAAUCUGACAAGUGUCUGUAACAAGUGAAAAUGGGGUGCGGCUCCUUUAAGAGAGAUCGCCAUUGUGUGUGUCUCUCUGUGUGUGUGUGUGUGUGUGUGUGUGUGUGUGUGUGUGUGUGUGUGUGUGUGUGUGUGUGUGUGUGUGUGUGUGAAUUGUCUGUAGAUGCGUGUAACACAAGAAAUGCAUGUGCGCGGGACCGAUGUUUAUUUUUAUUUUCUCUGCUGCUCGGAUUAAGUUAUUGUUCUGUAAUAUACAGUGACGCUGUUGACAGAAGAAUAAAGCACAAGAUGUGGGAUGCGA